GGGAUAUUAAAAAAUUGAAUUUGAAAUGAAACCCUAUGUCGUCGUCGUCUUAUUCUUCUUCUAACUGUUUCACUCUAUUUCUCUAACUUUCUCUAACAUGUGGACUUUCGAUGAUGACAUGCGGUGUUUAGCGUCGAUUAUUCAACAUUUACACUUGCCUGACGCUGAAAGGAUGGCUGCUGUAGUACAUGAUCUACGUGACAGAAGUGCUCCGAUUGUUAGGGUUGAAUACGAUAGACUUAUUCGUGUCAUUUGGCCACUCUAUGCCGACGACCAACCGCCGCCGCCGCCACCGCCACCAGAGCCUCUGUUUAACCCCUUUGAACCGAUGUUGGUCAUAGUUCUUGGUAACGACGUUGUUGGUCAUGAUGACUUGGAUGCUGGUAAUGAUUUUUUUGAACCCUUCGCUGCUGAUGAUUUAGAUUUAGUUCUUCAUGAGGAGGAUUUAGUUGUUGAUAAUGUUGAUUUUGAUGUUGACAACAUUGUUCAUGAGGAGGAGGAGGAUAUAGUUGUUGAUAACAUUGACUAUGAAUCUAUCGCUGAUAACCUUGAUUUAGCUUUUGAUAACGUUGAUGAUGAUGUUGUUGAAGGUUCUAACCAAAUUAACCCUGUGUUUGUUGAUCAUGAUUUCUAUUUUGCUGAACUUGUUGAGGAACUUGAUGCUGAAAUUGGUAACGUUGAUGAUGAUGUUGUUGAAGGUGCUAACCAAAUUAACCCUGUGUUUGUUGAUCAUGAUUUCUAUUUUGAUGAACUUGUUGAGGAACUUGUUGCUGAAAUUGGUAACGUUGAUGAUGAUGUUGUUGAAGGUUCUAACCAAAUUAACCCUGUGUUUGUUGAUCAUGAUUUCUAUUUUGAUGAACUUGUUGAGGAACUUGUUGAGGAACUUGAUGCUGAAAUUGGUAACGUUGAUGAUGUUGUUGAAGGUUCUAACCAAAUUAACCCUGUGUUUGUUGAUCAUGAUUUCUAUUUUGAUGAACUUGUUGAGGAACUUGAUGCUGAAAUUGGUAACGUUGAUCCGGUAUUAAUGAUGCAACCAUCAUCUUUUGAAGACCAGCUAGAUUUGUUUGUUUCUCCCGUUACGCCACAGACUCAGGGAGGUGAUGCCCUUGACAUUGAUGAGUUUAUUGCAGAAACUGGAGGUACCUUUGUUGCUGAGUUACGCGAUCCGGAAAAAGCAGAGGAAGGUAUGCCACCGACACCAAUGGAACAACCAAAAACAUCUGUCGACCCUGAACUUGGUGAAAGCACUCAAGAAGGUAUGCCACCGACACCAAUGGAACAACAAAAAACAUAUGCCGACCCUGAACUUGGUGAAAGCACUCAAGAAGAUUAGGUGUACAGAUUGGGUAAAUACUAUAGAUAGAAAGACUAUUCAAAUUCCGCCAUGAAAGUUGAAAUUCACGAAACGAUAAUGAGAAUGGGGCAAGGUGGCAGGGUAUCUGCAUUACAAGACUAUAAUGCUUAAGUGAGUAAGUAGAUGACAAUAGAGAGUAGAACUGAUCUUUGUGUCUAUGCAGUUGUAGUCUGUUCUAUAUCCACUUAGUUGUCAAGUUUUGUUUCCAACCUAUUGAGAGCACUUUGUUGUUGAUUUCUUGUUUACGACAUUUUGUCCCAUGAUGGAAUUGUCUAGUUUCCAACAUAUUCAGAGCACUUUGUUGUUGAUUUCUUGAAUUUUCAAAGGUAUUGAAAGCCAAAGAUCACCAUUUCUAUAUAGCAAAGGGUUAUAUUGAUCCA